GCGUCUCCUCUCGGGGACUUCAAGUUGACGAAGUUUGAAUACUCGGGGAUCGAGAUCAUCAACAACCUAACCUUUGAAGAUUCUCAGAGUUUUUCGUUGUCCAGGGACACAUCUUCAGGCAUGAAUCGUCGAUUCCUCUCUCAAGUCUCGUGCGAAGCCUCUCCGUCGGGCAUAUAAGGCGGAUAUCCGUCGGGCCCGCGAUCCUGGUCUUAGCGUUUUUCAACUCCCCAUCUUACCACAAACUCUUCUCUAACCUCUUCCAGUCAGCCCCGUUCCAUCAUCCCCCUUCUUCGCACAAUGGCUCUCAAACAGUUCUUGUCCAUGUCCCUCACUGCGGCCGUCCUCGCGGCAGUUCUUUCUGCAAAGUCUCGGUCCCAGGCGGAGCCCCAGAUCCCACUCGGCAAGUCUUGCCCGCGCCCGCGCUAUACGGUACGGGCAUUGUCGUAUGAUCCACUCAUUCAGCAUAUCGAGAACUUUAUCACUCCGGAGGAGUCCCAGUACCUGCUGCAGAUUGCCCAGCCUAGGUUCCAGCGGUCUCGCGCCAUCAGCACUGACGGGCGAUCCAUUGCUGCGCAGGAACGAACCAGUUCCACGGCGUACCUCUCUUCGGACGAUCCUGUCGUCCAAUGCAUCAGGUCCCGUGCGUCCGAGUUUCAGGGCUACGUAGACCUCGACAUGAUGGAGGACCUGCAAGUGACACGGUACCUAGAGGGGCAGCAGUACACGAAUCACUACGACUGGGCAGCGAACCCCGCGGCUAGGAAUCAGACGACAAACAGGGAGACUACCUUCUUUGCCGUCCUCGAUGUGGAGUGCGCCAGCUGCGGGACACGAUUCCCCAAGAUUUCGGUGGAUUGGGGCGUCGAGGAUGAGCGGUGGUGCAACCUGGUUGACUGCGCGGCCCAGACAGAGCUGACAGUGCGAGCGGUCGCCGGUAGCGCUGUCUUCUGGCGGAAUCUCCAUUCCGACGGGACCGGAGAUGCUCGAACGCUACAUGCCGGCCUUCCGGCGGUAGGCGGCAAAAAGAUCGGGUUGAAUAUCUGGACGCGUCGGGAGGUUUAG